ACACGUUGCGAGUGCAGGAGUGUGGGCAUAAAGUCGUUGACAGUGGAAAACAAACUCCUCUCACUCUUCCUUCCAUCUCUUCUUCAACAUUCCAAUCCAAUCCAAAACGCUGCGUUUUAUUUUGUAUUCAAUUCUAUCAAUCCCAAAAUUCCUCGCCGGAGAUAGAGAAUCUUAACAAUUCCACCACUUUCCGGCGAGACAUGGCCGUCGCCGUCUCCGUCCCCGGCCGCCAGAAGCCGAGCUCCGACGCGAGCCUCUUUACACUCUGCCCCUUCUGGAGUUCGCGCAACGCCAAUCAAAGCUCCUCCAAAACGGUGUCUUCCGUCGCCAGGUCGCUGCUCCCUCCCCGCCGGAGACUCCGCCUCGAUCCUUCCAAUUACCUCUAUUUUCCAUAUGAACCGGGGAAGCAGGUAAGGAGCGCGGUUCGGUUGAAAAACACUAGCAAGUCUCACGUGGCUUUCAAGUUUCAAACGACGGCACCAAAGAGUUGUUACAUGCGGCCACCGGGAGGUAUUCUUGCUCCGGGGGAAAGUUUGAUUGCAACGGUGUUUAAGUUUGUGGAGCAACCUGAAAACAAUGAGAAGUUGUCGGAUCAGAAGCACAAGGUGAAGUUCAAAAUCAUGAGUCUCAAAGUGAAGGAAGGAGUGGACUAUGUGCCUGAGCUGUUUGAUGAACAAAAGGAACUAGUGACAGUGGAACGAAUAUUGAGGGUUGUCUUUAUAGAUCCAGCACGGCAAAGUCCUAAACAUUGCUGCUCACACGAAAAACAAUCCUUAUGGGGACUUUUAGGGAGGAAGAGGUGAAUCGGUUGAGGGAGUUACAAGAGAUCUUUGACAAAUUCUUGAAAUGGCUCUUUGUUAUUAUUGCCUUGAAGACUACAUCUAUGGGAGCAGUCUUAUUCGAAUCACACCCCAUAGUCACGAAUGCUAUGGUUCUGAUGAUCAUAUUGUUCUACUUACUGUGGCUAAUGGGGGUCACCACGCUGCUUUCACAGCGUAUUGGGACCCUCCCAACAAGGGCAUUCCGACACUUCAUGUUGGUAAUCGGAAGCAUUUGCUCGGUUUUGAUAUUGAGCACUAUAUCUACACUCAUUGCUUGGCUCACUGCAAUGUUAUGGAUUAUCUUUCUUACAGUGACAGGUUAUUUCUGCUAUCGUGAGCUCUAUGAAUGGGCUGCCCAUGCGAUUUCUGAUACUAGCAACAGAUGGAUUCAUAGUUACAAGAGGAGGACACAGAGUAGAAGACGCUUGCCGGUCUAGACCAAGUUGUCAUCGAUAUCAGUUACACACUCUUCCUGGUAUUUCCAAAACGGUAUGAAACAACGAAGAUGAUGGCACUUCUUCAAAUUUAUGCGAUUGGCUUUCAGUCUAGCUUGAUGUUAUGUUUUAAUACCGACCAGACAUUCUUUCAGUCUAGUUAUAUGCUCAGUAUUGUAAAAGAAGUACUAUUCAAUUUGGGUUUUGUUGACUAAAGCUUUCUAUACGACUACAUCAUUAUAAUAAGGAAUCUUAA